AUGACCGACGCAAAUGUCGAAUCCGCAAAACGUGCCGCCGCGCAACAAGCUGUAAAGGACCACUUCGACACUUCCGCAACCAACGUCGGUAUCGGCUCCGGUUCCACCAUCGUUUAUGUCGUCGAAGCCAUUAAAGAAGUCUCUACAAACCCCGGCAUCCGCUUCAUCCCCACGGGCUACCAGUCACGCCAGGUCAUUGUAAAAGCCGGACUCACACCGGUCGCCUUCGACUCACUGCCAGAAGAUACCAUGUUCGAUGUUGCGUUUGAUGGUGCAGAUGAGGUGGAUGCGGAACUGAAUUGUAUAAAGGGUGGAGGCGCGUGUUUGUUCCAGGAGAAGCUGGUUGCGGAAAGAGCAAGGAAGUUCGUCUGUGUUGCUGACUACCGCAAGAAACAAGACCGCCUCCUCACCAACUGGCCCACAAUCCCCAUCGAAGUCGCCCCCAUCGCCGUCCCUACCGUUCUCAAGGGCUUGCGCACCCUCGGCUCCACCAACCCUGAACUUCGCACCACGCUUCUCGAGAAAUCAGGGCCCCUGAAAACAGACCAGGAUUUUUUCAUCGUAGACGCGCCCUUCAAGACACUGCUCAUCGAGGCGGACGUAAAAGCAGGCAAGGGCAAGGGCGAUGGCAGCGACGGCACGUGGGAGGUCAACAAGCUGAGCGAGGCAAUUAAGGCACUUACCGGAGUGCUCGAGGUGGGCAUUUUCUCUGGGCUGAAUGGACUGGAUGCGGAAACAAUAAGGUCUACGGAUGGAGUCAAGACGGUGACGAGUGGGCAGAAGCCGGUUGCUGUGUACUUUGGGAUGCAGGAUGGAAGUGUGGAGGUACGGACCGCGAAGUAG